AUGCCCUCCGCAAUAGACAAAACAACCGGCACAUCAACCUCAGUCCUCCAAGAAGGCUCCCCUCACCGCUCCCGUCGUGCCUCAUUGAAGGUCCUGAACCGGAACAUUCAUCAAGUUGUCCUGGGGGACCAGCUGUUCGACGCGUGGUACUAUUCGCCCUAUCCCGACAGUAUCAUCCUUCCACAACCAGGAGAUGGCUCGACUGCCGCGGAUGCGAGAAACGGCCCCUCUCAUGGCCAUCUUAGCGGGUACCACAGUUCGAUAAGGGGGCAAGAGCCAAUUUGCCCCUUUCUCUAUGUUUGCCCGUGCUGUUUUCGCUACACAUCCCUCAAACAACAAUUCAUACAACACGUUGCUCGCCACCGCCAUCUUCGCAGUCAAAACCUUGAACCAGACCAACCCGUGCCGCAAUCCGCAUUCAAAGUCUAUGAGUGGGAAGGGCACGCGGUCUGGGAAAUCGACGGCGAGAGGGAGAAACUCUAUUGUCAGAAUUUGAGUUUGUUCGGCAAGUUGUUCUUGGAACAGAAAAGUGUCUUCUUUGACACUGGAGGAUUCAAGUACUAUGUCUUGACGUACACGAAACCCGACAUUUCCACGUCGCCAGCAUCUGCUACGGCCAAGACCCGAGCACAGAAGCAACGGAGUACAUCGGCGAAUACGGGAGAGGAAGAUGAUUCUCUCUACCGUACCCGCGUGCUGGGCUUCUUCUCCAAGGAAAAUCUCUCCUGGGACUCAAAUAACCUCGCAUGCAUAUUGAUCUUCCCUCCAUUUCAACAUCGGCAACUAGGCCAACUAUUGAUGGCGGUCUCAUAUAAGCUUAGCGGGUGGGAAUGGGAAGGCGGGGUGAUUGGCGGACCUGAGAAGCCUUUGAGUGCAAUGGGCCGAAGGUCAUACCUGAGAUUCUGGUCUGAACGAAUUGCACGGUUUUUGAUGGGUCAGACCGCGGAUGCAGAUGCAAAGAGAGUCUUCGACAACGCCAACGCCGACGGGAAUGGUAGGAAUAGAAAGACCGUCCUUCUGAGAAAAGAGGAGAUGACGGUCAAGGAAAUUGGCGACAGGACGGGGAUGCUGGCAGAGGAUGUAGUCGCUGCCCUGACGGAGAUGGGCAUGUGCAACGUCAUGGCACCCAAAAGAAAGAAGGCGAAGUCUUCUACACCUGAAGUGAACGGGACGGCAUCCGCGAGUCUCGCUCAUGCUGCGGAAAUUGACCCAGAAGAAUUGGCAACGGUUGUCAUCCAUCGGUCUAAAAUUGUGGAGUGGGCGGAGAAGAACGGCGUCGAUUUGAGAAGUCCCGUCAAAGAAGAAGGAUUCCUGGGCGAGUGGGCACUGAGCGAUCUUGCUGAAUCCGACAAUGGCAGUCAAAAUGCGUCUGGCGAGGAAGGCAGCGAUGCCUGA